AUCUCGCGAGAUAUCGCGAGAUUUCAUAGACAAGCCACAAGACGCAGGCAAGAUGGCGGCGCUUGCAGUUGUAGAAACUCCGUCAGGAAAAGAUGCCAUUGCAGAAGGGCUGAUGGAUUUGUUAAAACCAGCAGUACAGCAGCUUGAUCUACAUGUGCAUGCAGUGAGGGAGAGUCAAGUGGAGCUCCGAGAGCACAUUGACAACUUGGCAACUGAGCUGUGUAGAAUUAAUGAACACCAGAAAGUCGCCCUGGACUUGGAUCCUUAUGUGAAGAAACUGCUCAAUGCCAGGCGCAGAGUGGUUCUGGUCAAUAACAUCCUACAGAAUGCACAAGAACGCUUACGGAGGUUGAACCAUAACGUGGCGAAGGAGACGGCGCGCCGGAAAACCAUGCUUGAAACCUCCGGAGCGUUUUCCACUCGAUCUCCUAGCAAGCCGUGAUGAGUGGCAGCUCAAGAAAGGACACUGCACAAUGAAGAAACUGUGCACCAUUCCAGGAAAUGUUCCUGUGUAUAAUCAGAGACGCAGUGGACUAUGCACAGGAUUGGCUGAUGCACAGCCCUGAGGCUUGUAUUCACUUCAAGGCAGCCAAAGAGCCUGCUGUGUACCAAGAGCUGUUUUUUUUUUAAUGCGUUUGCACAAGAAAAUCACAAGUUAAUAUGCGUAAUGAUUAAUAUCAGUGAUUGUGAUUAGUGAUUAAUAAUGAUUGCCUUUGAUAUGCACCUGGCUUUAACUUUCUUGAUACAUGUAUGUCACAUAGUACAGCUGUUUGUACUUUCAGAUGCCAAAAAGCAUGCUCGUAUGUAACAGAAUUGGUACGCCAUUAUUCAUCAACUAAGCAGUAGAAAGCUUCCUAACCUCAAGUAAUCAUUUUGUAAACCAAUAGCCAAGGUUACUAGCAAGCUAGCUUACAUUAGGCUGUUUUUUAUAUAAUCAAACAAUUAUGCAGAUAUGCUGGCAAGCUAGCUUACAUUAGGCUAACUACUAUUGUGCUAUUGCGUAAUCCAGUUGUCGUGUUUGCUAGAGAGAGCGAGCUACUUUGCAAAGACUGCAUUGAGUGGAAAUAGAGUACAUUCCUGUUUAUAUUGUUUAGAUAGAGUGCAGACAUCAGCAUGCUGAGUUUUAGGAGCUGUGUGAAACUUUGUCCAGGUGUAAUGAAGCUUGCAAAGCCUACACUUCAUGUGUUCAUUAAUGGUGUUACUAAAACAGCAGCCAUUUUAAGAAAUGUGGAUCUGUACACUGUUACAAACAAUACGUAAGGAAUAAAACACUCAGGGUCGUGCUGUUACUGUUACCCUGCUGAUUUUUCAUAUAAUGGCACAUCCUGAAGUGUUUUUUUCCUCUUAGACCACAGAAAUUUGCCAACAAUUAUUAUUUUUUAUUUAUUAAAGAAUGAGAUGUCUUACUAUUUGUCCUUUUGUAGCUCUGAUUAGUUUCUGUAAAGCAGCUAUAAGCAGU